AUGAACAACCCAGGCCCCUCCUCCCUCCCACCAACCACCAUCCACAGCACGCAGAGCAUAAGCCAAUCUGCCGCGCACGACUUUCUCGCUGCCUACCUUACUCGCGCAGCUACAGACCCAGCCCUGCAGCCCAACGCCAACAUCAGCGAGCAUGGCCCCGUUUCGCGCACUACCGCCGCCGCGCCAAACCUCAUUCUCCACAACCUGAAGCGCGUGCAGGCCGGUCUGGCGGGCGAAGUUUUGGGACAGGAUCUGACUGUCGCCAAGCAGAACCCCAAUGAGGACUACCUGGAUGGUGUGGUCUCGGAUGGCAAGCAGGGCCAAGAUGGUGCUGAGAAUGGAGAUGGAGAUGAUUUGGAGAUGACGGAGCCGGCAUUCGAGACAGAGGCCGGAGCUUAUGAGGAGCAGGAGGGCGAAUUUGCGACUAUUGAUAAGGAGGAGAGGAAGAGACUGAAGAAGGAGAGACGGAUUGCGGAGAAGAAGGCCAAGGCGCAAAAGUAA